CUUAGACGAGUAUCAUUUCUGAGCAAAAAGAAGUAUGAAAGACGCAAUGGUUGAAAAGGCAUAUUUCACUCAAGUUUUUUCCGAAUCGUCCUUCAACAGUCGCUUCACAGCCGAGCACGCAAGGCCAUUUGUUGAAGCCCCGGAGGUUGCAGCGAGUGAUUGGCGCCGCGAACACCUCUUAGCUUGUCGCGUUAUUUGUCGACCGAAGCGGGAAAUUCUUCUCCCGGUUUUAUUAAAACACCAAUUCCCCCAACGCCAGCCUCCAGACCAAAUCGCGGCCUUUAUCGAUGGUCCCGAUGACGAGCAUACCUUCUCUAGCGAGCAUAGAUUGAUCCGAGAAUAUGGCGUUUCGCUUGGCCAGGCUUUCUCCGCUCUAUCGCACUUCCGCGAGAGCCCCGAUGUUUCUCAAGAGUUGCAUCUUGGACCCGAAGGCAGGUCCAAACGUCUCAGGCGGCACACAAUUCUUGAAGACUAUACGGACUCCAGUACGUUGCAGGUUGCCUCUAGCAGCCCUCUGGAAAAUGAGGACUCGCAAGGGGCUUCCUCGGCUGGCUAUGUCGAUAGUACUUCGCACUCACGACGCGCCCCGCCUGAGGACGAUACAAGACGCCUAGCUAGCUGCGUGAUUCGCCAUGUACUAUACUACUCACCGCCUCAAGAUUCCGAUCAGUUACCGCUUGUGGUUGAAUACCGUGACUCCGAGCAAAGGCUCGAGGCAUCCACCCCAUACCUUCUUCGGAGGAUAGUUGCCACCGACGAUGGAGGGCUGUAUCUUCGACAAGAAGGGGCCUCAGCCUCGAUGAUUUUGAACCACCGUGUGGCAAUGUUAGAAGCCAAGAAGAGGUUUCAGUGUAUCGAAGACGGCAGACCAAUCAUUUCGGAUAACUGUCUUGCCCAGAUGACUUGCGAAGCACUGGCACUGAGAUUGACUGACCAUGUCGAAGGAAUGGAAGAAAACAUCGUCAUUAUUCAAGCAACGCAAUGCUAUAUGUGCUUUCUUCAAUUUACCAUCAGCGACCAAUAUCUCCGCGACUUUGAAUUGGAUACCCCAACGUCAUAUAUUUUUGUCCAUGCAACGCCCCUGUUUGAUCUUCGUUCCCGUCGCGGUAGGCAAAAUGUCGAGUCAAAUCUUCGUUCAUUAAUGGUCUGGGCAAGGUCGGUCUAAGCGCCAGACGAGAAGGACUUGGAUCCUUCUCGGGCAGGAUAGCAAUGUUCCAAUCAACUUGAACCGUAGGCGUCUUGAAUCACUGAACUUCUUGUCGCCACUACUACGAUUUAUUGUCCCCUGUUUUAUCUAGUCACCAUCCAUGGAAUUAUGUACUAAAACAGGUGUUCCC